CUGAAGCCACGAUCUUCAAUCAACCUCUUGAAUGUGACUUUUCUCUUAGAGCCUCCUCCUAUUAAUUUUGAUUCCCUACCAGGCUGCCACUUCAUUUUCUUCUCAUCUCUCUAUUCUCUAUCUCUCUCUUUCAUCCCAUAUUCCAAUCACUUCCCCACUUCCUAGAAUCCAUUUCAAAGCCCCAGCUCUCCUCCUGUUGCUGACACAAUACUUUGCCACUUUUAAAAAGUUCAUUUGCCAGCACUGCAUUGCAGGUUUUGUUGCACUCCACAUGGGGAGGCAUUCUUGCUGUUACAAGCAGAAGUUAAGAAAAGGCCUGUGGUCUCCUGAGGAAGAUGAGAAACUUCUGAAUUAUAUUACUAAGCAUGGACAUGGCUGUUGGAGCUCUGUCCCUAAACAAGCAGAUUUGCAGAGGUGUGGAAAGAGCUGCAGGUUAAGAUGGAUUAACUACUUGAGGCCUGAUUUGAAGAGAGGAGCAUUUUCACAGCAGGAAGAAAACUUGAUAAUUGAACUCCAUGCAGUUCUUGGCAAUAGAUGGUCUCAGAUUGCAGCCCAGUUACCUGGAAGAACUGAUAAUGAGAUAAAGAAUUUAUGGAACUCCUGCAUUAAGAAGAAGCUGAGGCAGAGAGGCAUUGACCCCAACACUCACAAACCUCUCUCUGAAGUUGAGAAUUGUAAAGAGAGACAGCAGCCUACAGCUGACAAGAGCAAUGAGAAAGUUUCUAAUGUAUCAAAUGAACUGAACCUCAUUGAGGCAGCUACUUUACAACCACCUGCAAUUUCUUCCAGCCCAAAGAUCAACAACAGUAAAGACAGGAAUAGCAGUAGCAGCAACAUGACAAAUACACCACCGACAAAGGAAUUCUUCCUGGAUAGGUUUGGUACCUCCCAUGAAAGCUCCCCUGCCAGUUGCAGGCCUUCUGAUUUGAUGGGGUAUUUUCCUUUCCAGAAGUUGGAUUACAAACCUAGUAUAGGCCUCUCAAUGAAUCCAAAUACCACUCUCUGCUUCAAUCCAAAUUCCUCUUCUGCGAUGAUUUCUCAUGAGUUCAAUUCUUGUAUGACACCACUGACUAUUCUCCCAUCUGUGUCAACCUCUAUGUUCCAAACUCCAAUACGUGUAAAGCCUUCUGUUAGUCUUCCAUCUGAUCAUAAUCCUUCUGUAGGCUCUUGUGAUGUCAAUGGGGUUCAGAACUGGGAAGCAAGUAGCUUCAGCAACAAUGGAAGUGGAAGCAAUGGAAGCAGUAGCAGUAUUGAAUUGCAAAGCAACACCAAUUUCUACGAGAGCAGCGCCUUCUCAUGGGGGUUAGCUGAUUGUGGGAAAUCCGGCGAGGAAUCUCACCUUCGGUCACUCGAAAACGACACAGCUGAAGACAUCAAAUGGUCUGAAUAUCUUAACACCACAUUCUUUCUUGGAAGCACAAUACAAAACCAAACAUCUCAACAUGUGUACAGUGAAGUGAAACCAGAAACACACUUCAUAGCAGAAGGGUCAAGUGCUAGUUGGUUACCGAACCAGCAUCAACAAGCUUCACAGCCAGCAGACAUCUAUACCAAGGAUCUGCAAAGACUUGCUGUGGCUUUUGGACAAUCCCUUUAGACUAUAUAUUUUUUUCAGCAUGUGCAGAGUCUAUUUAGUUCAAUUAUUAUUACAGAAGUUUUCAGUUUGAGAUGGAAUAUUGGAAAUAGAUUAUCUUCUGGCUACAGGUGUGUGCUAUAGAGUGACAUCUUUUGAUUUUUUGUAAAUGUGUCUGAUACAAGAUUCUUCAGCCUCUGGUUUACUGUAGAAAUAUCUGGGAAGGAACCAAGCUCAUGGUGUCAUUGUCUUUGAUAAAAUACUGUAGAAAUUUUCUUAAUAAGGCUUGGUGAGAUUUUCAAUCUUCAA